AUGUCAUUGAACGGAAAGAAAACAAAUCUAAGACAAACAGUCAUUCCGAGACCAAGGGAACAACCGUUUGGUUCAAGUUCUGGUGGUACUCUAUUUACAAAACCUCAACAAGAUAGAGAUACUUUACCAUCAUCAUCUAAUAACAAUGCUUCAUUAUUGAAAACUUUAUUUAAGGAAGCACCACAAAAAUCAUUUGAACCAAAAGUUUAUGUACCUUAUAAACACUCUCCAGGAGCUAUUCCAAGACAAGUUAUUGUGGAAAGAUUGAGGAGACAAUACGAACAACAGGAUAUUGAAGAGUUGUUAAGGAAUGAAGGUAUAGAUUAUUCAAAACCAAUAACACCGGAAAGAAAGUAUGAAUUAUAUUUACCUCUUGAUGCUUUUGAUAAUACCGAUUUUGAUAUAAGACAACCUCAUGAAUGGAUCAAACAAGGACUUGAUGAAGAUGGAAAAUUUAUUUAUGUUCCUGCUAUGGCCUUACAAGCAAAGGAAGGUGUAGGAAAUUGGCACUAUUGUAAAGUUUAUGAUGUGGAUGAGGUCAACAACAAAUAUUUAGUUGAUUUUGUUAAUCAAGAAGGAAAUAGAAUUUGGCUUCCAAGAAUUUAUGUAAUGUUUUUGGCUGAAAAUCCAGUUAAUUUUGCUAAGCGUGUUGCUCAUGCACACAAAUCAAGAAAGGUGGCAGAAUCUUUAAUUAGAUACUUUUUGUAUAUAGAACACAUGCCUUCAGAUGAUUCAUCACCACUUACUGAAGAUCAAUCUCAAAAUAUUAGAAGACUAGGUUGCGAUUCGAAAAGACUAAGAGAAAAGUUGUAUGACUCCACAACUGAUGAUAUAUUGGAGGAAAUUAUAAUAGAAUAUCAAGCUGUUGCUAACAGAAUGAUUUUUGAUAAGAAUAUGAAAGAUCCUCUCCAAAAGGAUUUAUUUAAAAAUUUGGAAUUACCAGAAGAAUUUCUUGACCCAUCACAAAAGAAAGUUCCAUAUCUUGCAACUAUCUCAAUUCCACCAUAUCCAUUUACUGAAAAUUCAAAACAAUUCUCUUUCAAUUCUUACUUUACAGAAAGGAAUAUUCUUGAUGCUUUAUUGAAUGUAAAGAGGGAAUUGUUAGAAAAGCAAAUUUUCAAAAUUUUCCACAUUCCUCUGAAGAAAACUGUAACAUUGGACGAAUUUGAACAAAUCCAAAUUCAAGCAAUAGAUUCCAUUGUUUCUAAAUUAACUGGAGAAUGGUUAGGUAAUCUUAAACAACAUAUUCAAGACAGUUUAAUUCAUAUUGAAAAGGGUUGGUUAAGUGUUGCAGGAAAAACUGUUCAAAUUUAUGAAAUGAGUAAGCUUAAGAGAUUUAUGAACACCAUUAGAUUCAUGAUGCAAGAUUCUAUCAAAUUUUUAAUGCAAGACUCAUUUAAGGAAUAUGUUAAAUAUAUUGAGGAAUAUUGUACCUUUGAUGUACAAAUUAAUUCAGUUGAAAAUGUUGAGGUCAAAUUCCAUCAUGAAAAUGAUUCAUCAAAGAGAGCAGUUAACUUAUUUUCUAUAGAAUUGUCAUUUAAGGAUGACAAAUUCUUCUUUAUAACACCUACCGAGAGAUUCAAGGCUAUUGUUGUUGAAAUGUUUGAUAAGGCUUUGAAAGACUUCCAAAAGAUUUCUGAUGUCGAAUCCCACGUUUUAAGUGAAGAGUUUUGUGAAAGAUUUUCGGAUAAAGAAAAUGACGAUAAGAGAAACAAGAGAAAUACCUCAAUGAAGAAAUCCCAUAAGAUGUUCCUUUGGGGAGAGGUCAAAAUGCUUGAUACACUCAAACCAACAGACGAAGAAGUUAUUAAUUGGAGAAGAUCAUUGGAUAAUUUAAUGUCUUCAGCAUUACAACCUCUGAAUGAUUUCUUGAAGCAAUUUGAACAAUAUGAAGAUCUUUUAAGAGUUGAUGUUCAAAAAUUCAUGGAAGAAUACGAAAAGAAAGACAGUCUUACCAUCGAUGAUAUCAAGGCUGAAAUUCUCAAAAAUUUCGAAAUGAAGGACAAGAUUAGAGAAAGUAUACCACAAAAAGUUAAUAUGGGUACAUUCUUAAUUGAUUGUCAGAGUAUAAGAAACCAUUUGAGCAGAAAGUGUUCAGAAAUUGGUAAAAAGAUUCUUGAUUACUUGGCAAGAACUGCAAGUGAGAAAUGUAAUUUUGUUUUGGAAAAUUUCAACAAGCUUUCAAGGGAAAUCAACAAACCACCUGAGGAUAUCGAGUCAUUGACAAAGUUGAAACAAAGAUUGAAGGAAAUUCCUGAUAUGGUAUUAGAAUAUGAAGAAAAGAUUAUAGAAAUGAAAAAUUACUAUACAAUUUUGGAAAAUGAGUUCAAAUAUCCAUUAUCAGACGAAGAAUUUAAAAACUUGUGGACAGCAGCUACUUGGCCAAAGAAGGUUCAAGAGCAAAUUGAAAAGGUCGAAUCAUUCUUGGAAAAGAAGAAGGAAAACUUGAGAGAAAGACUCGUUACAGAUCAAAAGUCCUUCAUGAAGGAAUUGGAAAGUAUUACAAAGGUUGUUUCUGGAUUCUCUAAACACAGAGAUAUUUUAUCUGUUGCAGAAGUUGCUAAGGAAGUCAAGACAAUUCAAAAGCAACUUCAAGACUUCCAAGAUAGAGCCAGAAAGAAUAAUCAAAAGGAAAUACUUUUUGGCAUGGAUAUUACAGAGCAUACUCAAUUGAAUGCCAUUGUCAAACAAUUCCAACCAUAUGCUGAUUUGUGGUUAACUGUAGAUAAUUACUUUGCCUGGGAAGAGAGUUGGUCUAAGGAACCAUUCGAGAAUUUGGAUGCUCCAAAGAUUGAAGAAGAAGUUAAAGCAGCUGAGAAGGCCAUGUUGAAGUGUAUGAAACAAUUCAAAGAAAUUCCAGAAAUUAGAAAAAUUUCUGAAACCAUCAAAAAGAAGGUUGAAGAAUUUACACCAUACAUUCCUCUUGUACUUGCAUUAAGAAAUCCAGGUAUGAGACAAAGACAUUGGCAAUCAAUUUCAAAUGAUAUUGGUAUUGAAAUCAUUCCAGGACAAACCUUAAAGUUUAUGGAUGACGUUUUCACCAUGAAAUUACUUAAUCAUGAAGAUGUAAUUAAGAAGUACAGUGAUAUUGCUUCAAGAGAAUAUACUAUCGAAAAGGCAUUGAAAGAUAUGCAAGAAGCUUGGGAAAGUUGCUUAUUCGAAGUUGUGCCAUACAGAAAGACUGGUACCUAUGUAAUGAAAGUUAGUGAUGAAAUUCAACAACAACUUUCUGAACAUAUUGCCCUCACCCAAACUAUCAGCUUCUCUUCAUUCAAGAAGCAUUUUGAAGCAGAUUUAAAGGCAUGGGAAAAUCAAUUAUAUCUCGUAUCUGAAAUCUUUGAAGAAUGGGCUAAUUGUCAAAGAGAAUGGAUGGCUUUGGAACCAAUCUUCUCUGCUGAAGAAAUGCAAAACCAAUUGCCUCAACUUUAUAAGCAAUUUAAACAAGUCGAUGUCAAAUGGAGAAGAAUCAUGGAUGGCGUAUUCAGAAAUCCAAAUAUCAUGUCUUUCUGUACAACUACUGCAAAGUUGUUAAAGACCUUCCAAUCAAACAAUUCAAUCCUUUCUGUUAUUCAAAAGGGCUUGAGCAAUUAUUUAGAAAAGAAGAGACAACAAUUUGCCAGAUUGUAUUUCCUUGCUGAUGAAGAAUUACUUGAAAUUUUGGCCAAGACAAGAGAUCCAACAGCUGUUCAAAAGUAUCUUAGUAAGAUCUUUGAAGGUAUUGGUGAAUUGGACUUUGUAGAUAUUCCUGAGGAAAGAAAACAACAAACGUCUUCUAAAGGACCUGCUCUUGAAAUGGUUGCUAUGAUGUCAAAGGCUGGCGAAAGAGUUGAAUUCAAGGAAAGAUUGCAACCAACUGGAAGUGUUGAAGUAUGGUUAAAGGAAGUUGAAAGAGUUAUGUGUGGAAGUCUUAAAGAAACUGUUUCCAAAUCACUUAUUGACUAUAAUCAUACUCCAAGAAAUGAAUGGGUACUUAAAUGGCCUGGUCAAGUUGUUAUUUUGGGCAGUCAAGUAUAUUGGACAAAGGAUAUUACACAAGCACUUAAUUCUGGAGGUAAUAAGGGUUUAAGAGGUUAUUUGGAUGUUGUUAAAGAACAACUUUUGGGCUUGAUUAGAAUUGUAAGAACUGAUAUUUCCAAGCUUGAAAAGACCAAUAUUGAAGGUUUGAUUACUAUUGAAGUCCACGCCAGAGAUGUAGUUGAACAAAUGUUACAAGAAGGUAUUCAAAGUACUCAUGACUUUGAAUGGGUAUCCCAAAUGAGAUACUAUUGGGAACCUAAAGAAACCUAUGAUGAAAAUGGACAAAUUGUUAAAUCUGAUGAUUUUACAUGUUAUGUCAGACAAGUUGAAACUCAAUUUGAAUAUGGUUACGAAUAUUUGGGUAACACAUCUCGUUUAGUCAUUACACCUCUUACUGACAGAAUUUAUUUAACAUUAACAGGUGCUUUGCACUUGGGUCUUGGUGGUGCUCCAGCUGGUCCUGCCGGUACUGGUAAAACUGAAACUGUUAAGGAUCUUGCAAAGGCUUUGGCCAAGAAGUGUGUUGUUUUGAAUUGUCAAGAAGGUAUGAGAGAAAAUUCAAUGGCUCAAAUUUUCAAGGGUCUUGUUCAAUCUGGUUCUUGGGGCUGUUUCGACGAAUUCAAUCGUAUUGAUGUUGAAGUCCUUUCAGUCGUUGCUCAACAACUUUCUACAUUGCAAGAAGCUGCUAGAGCUCGAUUGGCAACUUGUCAAUUUGAUAACACAACCAUUAAUGUUGAUCCUUCAUAUGCUGUAUUUAUUACUAUGAACCCUGGCUAUGCUGGUCGUACUGAACUUCCAGAUAACUUGAAAGCAUUGUUUAGACCUGUCGCAUGUAUGGUUCCUGACUAUAGAUUAAUUGCUGAAAUUCGUUUGAUUUCGUUCGGUUUUGAAAAUGCUAAACCACUUUCAAACAAGAUGGUUCAAUCUUUCAAAUUGGCCUCUGAACAAUUGUCCUCACAAACUCACUACGAUUUUGGUAUGAGAGCUGUCAAUACUGUUAUUGCUGCUGCUGGUUUACUUAAGAGAAAACAUCUCAAGAUGAACGAAGAAGUGCUUGUAUUGAGAGCAUUGAGAGAUUCCAAUAUUCCAAAGUUCUUGGUGAAUGACGUUAUUCUUUUCAAUGGUAUUGUUUCAGAUUUGUUCCCUAAGGUUCAAAUUGAAGCCACAGACUAUGAAAAGCUCAAUGCAGCACUCCUUGAAGCAACUGAACACUUUGGAAUCAAACUUACACCUGUUUUCCAUGAAAAAUGUUUGCAACUUUAUGAAACUACUAUUUUGCGUCACGGUGUCAUGUUGGUUGGUAAUACAGGAGGUGGUAAGACAAUGUGCUACAAGACUCUUGCUCACGCCCUCACAACAUGUAGUAAGACCAAUAAGGAUGACUUCCAUCCUGUUCACUAUAGUGUUAUCAAUCCAAAGUCUGUAACUAUGGAACAACUCUAUGGUGAGUACGACAAGAAUACAAGAGAAUGGAGAAAUGGUGUUUUGGCUGCAGAAUUCAGAAAGUUUGGUGAAGACACAACCUUGGACUGUAAAUGGUUAAUCUUUGAUGGACCUGUUGAUGCUUUGUGGAUUGAAUCAAUGAAUACUGUAUUGGACGAAAAUAAGAAAUUGUGUCUUUCAAACGGUUCUAUGAUUGAAAUGUCAGUUCACAUGAAUAUUGUCUUUGAAGUUGAAGACUUGGCUGAAGCUUCUCCUGCUACUGUCAGUCGUUGUGGUAUGGUCUACUUGGAUCCAAAAGCAACUGUUCCACCUAUGGUACACGUAGAUUGCUGGUUGAAUAAGGUUUCCUCUCUUCUUAAACCAUAUCAUGACCAAUUGAGAAAAUUAUUUGAAAUCUUCUUACCUGAGGGUAUUGAUUUCAUUAGAUAUAACGUGUUGGAAUAUAUUCCAACUGUUGAUAGCAAUUUGGCUCAUAGUACUUUCAAGAUUUUGGAUACUUUAUUUGUUGAAUAUGAUCCAAGUCUUGGUAGAAAGAAAAAGAAGUCAUUCAACUUUGAAGAAGAGGAUAAGGGUAAUGAAGCUAAGAUGGCUAAACUCAGUUCUUUAAUUGAACCAUAUUUCCUCUUUGCCAUUACAUGGGGUAUUGGUGCUUCAUGUGAUUAUGAUGGUAGAAAGAGCUUUGAUAAGUUUAUGAGAAAGACAAUGAAGGAAAAUUCUAUUACUUCUGUCUAUCCAGAUGAAGGAUUAGUCUAUGAUUACUUCUUUGAUUCUGAAGACGUUGUUUGGAAGAAUUGGGCUGUUGUUACCCCAGAAUUAGAAAUUAAUAAUAAUACUCAAUUCAGAGAUAUGAUUGUUCCAACAAUUGACACAAUGAGAAGUAGUUGGCUUGUUAAGAAGUUGAUUCAAAAUGAUAAUCACGUAUUGUGUGUUGGUCCAACUGGUACUGGUAAAUCUCAAGUUAUUUCCCAAGUAUUGUUGAAGGAAAUUCCAGAAGAAUUUAUUCCUCUCGUUAUCUUCUUCUCUGCAAGAACUGAAGCCAAUGCUGUUCAAAAUAUAAUUGAUGCCAAAUUAGAUAGAAGAAGACCUGGUGUUUAUGGGCCACCACAAGGUAGAAAGUAUAUUAUCUUUAUUGACGAUAUUAACAUGCCUACCAAGGAACAAUAUGGUGCUCAACCUCCUAUUGAAUUGGUAAGACAAUGGAUGGAUCAUAGUGGUUGGUAUGAAUAUUCCAACGAAAGAUUACCAUUCAGAAUGGUUGAAAAUCUUACAUAUAUUGCUGCUUGCGGUCCUCCUGGAGGUGGUAGAAACACUGUUACUAACAGAUUGAUGAGACACUUUACCUUUAUUUCAUUCCCUGAAAUGCAACAUGACAGCUUGAGUAAGAUCUUCUCAACAAUCCUUAACAAGUCAUAUAUUGAACCAAACACAAGUAUCAAAGACUUUAUGACUCAAGAAAUUUCUACCAAAUUUGUUGAUUCAAGUAUUGAGCUCUUUAAUAUUAUUAGAAAGGAAAUGCUUCCAACUCCAUCUAGAUCUCACUAUACAUUCAACUUGAGAGAUUUAUCAAAGGUAUUCCAAGGUAUCCUUCAAGCCAAUCCAAAGAAGAUUCUUAAUAUGACUGAUAUUCUCAAGUUAUGGACUCACGAAAGUUCAAGAGUGUUUAAGGAUCGUUUGGUAGAUAAUCCAGACAGAAGAAAGUUUGAAGAAAUUCAAGAACAAUUAUUGACCAAAUUCUUCCCUGAAGCUGAUGCUAAUACCAUUGUUCAUCAAAGAUUAAUUUAUUCUGAUAUUUUGAGUCAUGGUAAUGAAGUUAGAACAUAUGACCAAGUAUCUGACCAUAUUGAAUUGCUUAGAAUUGUUAAUGAGCAAUUGGGUGAAUACAACAUUAACAAUAACGAAAAGAAGAUGGACUUGGUUAUGUUCUUGGAUGCCAUUGAACAUGUAUGUAAGAUUGGAAGAAUUAUUAGACAACCAGGUGGUAAUGCUUUAUUACUUGGUGUUGGUGGUAGUGGUAGACAAAGUUUAACAAAACUUGCCUGCUUUAUUGCUUCAUACGAUAUGAUGCAACUUGAAAUUAGAAAAUCCUUCUCACUGAAGGAUUGGAAGGAAUUCCUUAAGGUUCUUUUGCUGAACGCUGGUAAAAAGAAUGGAAAGGGUGAAAAUACUGUUUUCUUAUUGGCAGAUACUCAAAUUAUCUACGAAUCAUUCCUUGAAGAUAUCAACAACUUAUUGAACAGUGGUGAAGUUCCAAAUCUAUUUGAAGCUCAAGAUUUUGAUGAAAUUUACACUGCUAUGAAGCCAAUUUGUGCCAUUGAAAAGCUUCCUGCAACGCCAUUAUCUUGGUAUAAUAGGUUUAUCAAGUGUGUUCAAGAUAACUUGCACAUUGUUUUGGCUAUGAGUCCAAUUGGUGAGACCUUCAGAAGCAGACUCAGAAUGUUCCCUUCAUUGGUAAAUUGCUGUACAAUCGAUUGGUUCAGUGAAUGGCCAAAGGAUGCUUUAUUGAGUGUUGCAAACGAAAAGUUAUCAAACUUGAGAAUGAUUUCAGUUGAGCAUGACUCUCAAAUUGAGGAGACUAGAGAAGCAGAGGAAGAUUUGAAAGAAAGAGUUAAUCAAAUGUUUGUCUACAUCCAUCAAUCUGUUGAAAAAGCAUCCGUCGAUUACUUGAGACACGCAGGUAGAACCAACUAUGUCACUCCAACUAGUUAUCUUGAACUUUUGAACUCAUUCAAUAGUGUUCUUGAUGUGAACAGAAAGAAUUUGGAAAAGGAGAAGAGAACAUUACAAAUUGGUUUGAAGAUUUUGAGAGAAACCGAAGAAUAUGUUCACAAACUCCAAGAAGACUUGAAGAUCAAGAGACCUCAAUUGGAUCACACAAGAACUGAAAUUGAUAAGAACAUGAUUACUUUGAAUAAGGAAAGAGAAGAAGCUCAAAAGACUCAAGAAAUUGUUCAAAUAGAAAAUGCUGAGGCUAACAAGAUUGAAACUGAAGCUAAGGGUAUGAAGCAAUCUGCUGAAGAAGAAUUGAGUCAGGUCGAACCAUUGUUGGAAAAGGCCGUAGAAACAGUUAAGAACAUCAAAGUCAACCAAAUUCGUGAAGUUGCUAACUAUAAGGUUCCUCCAUCUGGUGCUCUUAAAGUUUUGGAAGCUGUCUUGAUCAUGUUUGGUGAAACCAACGGUGUUAAGAGAGUUAAGGAUGGUGUUACUGUUUACGAUUGGUGGGAAACUGCCAAGACUUAUCUUAACAAUGCGCCAAAACUUAAGGACGAUAUGAUUGGUUAUGAUAAGGAAAAUAUUCAAGAAAGUAUUAUUAGAAGAAUUACCAAAUAUUACAACGAUCCUGAAUUCCAAGUCAACAGAGUUAAGGAAGUUUCAUUGGCCUUGGUUGCUAUGUGUCAAUGGGUCAGAGCCAUGUAUGAUUUUUAUUGGGUUAAUAAGGAAGUUGAACCAAAGAGAGAAAAGGCAAGAGGUGCCGAAGCACAAUGGGCUAUUGCUAGACAAAAGGCCGAUGAAUCCCAAAGAAAAUUGGCUGAAGUCAUGAGACAACUUCAAGAAUUGGAAGAUGCAAACAAUAGAGCAUUGAAAGAAAAGGAAGAAUUAGAAACCAUGAUUGAUAUUUGUGAAAAGAAACUUGAAAGAGCUUCCAAAUUGCUUAACGGACUUUCAGAUGAAAAAGUCAGAUGGCAAGAAAUGCUUGAAACUUACGAAAGACAGCAGUCCGAUAUGCUUGGUAACAUGAUUGUCAAUGCUGGUACUGUUGCUUACUUGGGUGCUUUCACCAAACCAUUCAGAGAACGUUUGAUAGCUGAAUGGCGUAAUGAACUUUCAAGACAUGUCAUUCCUUACACUGAAAAUACUGAUGUCUAUACAUCAUUGGGUGAUCCUAUUACCAUUAGAAUUUGGAAUCAAUUUGGUUUACCAUCAGACAAUCUCUCUAUUGAAAAUGCUAUCAUUAUGAACAAUUCUAGAAGAUGGCCUCUCAUGAUUGACCCUCAAUUACAAGCAUCACAAUGGAUUAAGAAUAUGGAGAAAGACAAGAGCUUAAAGGUACUAAGUGCUACAAAGAAGGACUAUAUGGGAGAAUUGAUUAGAGCAGUUCAAUUCGGUAAUCCAGUAUUGAUUGAAAAUAUUGGUGAAGAUUUAGAUCCAGCACUUGAACCAAUCUUGCUCAAACAAACCUUUGUUCAAAAUGGUUCUAACUAUAUCAAGAUUGGUGAAGAGUCUGUUCCAUAUAGUAAUGAUUUCAGAUUGUAUUUGUGCACAAAGUUCAGAAAUCCAAGAUAUACACCAGAAACCUGUGUUAAGGUUACAUUGUUGAACUUUUUCAUUACGCCACUUGGUUUGGAAGAUCAAUUAUUGGCAGAAGUUGUUAAAAUGGAAAAGCCUGAAUUACAAAGACUUAAGAAUGACUUGAUGCAAAAGAACUCCAAGAUGAGAAAAGAUUUGAAAGAACUUCAAGCUAACAUUCUUAGAAUGCUUUCUGAAAAUACUGGUGACAUUCUUGAAAAUGAAAAACUUAUUAAUGCUUUGGGCGAAUCAAAGGUUGCCAGUAAGGACAUUCAAGAAAAGGUCGAAGAAGCAGAAACAACAGAAAGAGAAAUCGACGUUACUCGUAACAAGUAUAGACCUGUUGCAGAAAGAGGUUCAUUGCUCUUCUUCUGUGCUUCAGAUAUGACAAAUGUUGAUCCUAUGUAUCAAUAUUCUUUGCAAUGGUUCAUUCAUCUUUACAAAUCUGUUAUUGAAACAAGUGAGCAAAAUGAUGACUUGGAAAUUCGUAUGAAGACUCUUAUUUAUAAUCACACAUUAUCAUUGUAUAACAACGUUUGUCAAUCCUUGUUUGAAAAGGACAAAUUACUCUUCUCCUUUGUACUUUGUAUUAGAAUUAUGCAAGGAAGAAAUGAAAUUGACGAACAUGAAUGGAGACAUUUCCUCACUGGCGGUAUUAAGACAGAAGAAGAUGAAAAACAAAUUGCUAGAAAGCCACAAUCUAGUACAUGGUUAACUGAUAAUUGCUGGAGUGAAAUUGUAUUGCUUAACAAGUUACCAACAUUUAAGGGAUUCUUAGAUUCAUUCAUUCAACAUGCUGGAGACUUUAAGACAUUCUUUGAAGAUCCAAAGCCAAAUAUUUUACCAAUUCCAGGUGGAUGGGAUCCUAAACUCACCGAAUUCCAAAAGAUUAUGGCACUUAAGGUCAUUAGACCUGACAAGGUUAUAGAAAGUAUUCAAACCUUUGUCGAAGCCAAGUUAGAUAAGAAUUUCAUUACACCACCUCGUUUCGAUUUGAGUCGUUCAUUCAAGGAUUCAAAUUGUGUAACUCCACUCAUUUUCAUCUUAUCUCAAGGUGCUGAUCCUAAAUCAGAACUCAACAAGUUUGCUGAGCAAAUGAGAGUUAGGCAAUUGCUUAGUGUUUCUUUGGGUAGUGGUACUGAAAAUGCAGCUAAACAAGCUGUUAAGGAUGCUUUACAAAAUGGAAGUUGGGUUAUUCUUCAAAAUUGUCACUUGGCUCUUGGUUUCAUGCCAAUGCUUGAACAAAUUGUAGAAGGAUUCUCUCUUGAACAAAAUCAUGCCGACUUUAGAUUGUGGUUAACAAGUAUGCCAACUCCUAAAUUCCCUACAUCUGUUCUUCAAAAUUCUGUAAAGAUGACAUUAGAACCUCCAAAAGGUUUGUCAACCAACUUGAAAGGCUCAUUCGAUAACUAUGAUGAUACAUUUAUGGAACAUUCAUCCAAGCCAGUUGAAUUUAAGAAACUCUUAUUCAGUUUAACAUUCUUCCAUGCAGUUAUUCAAGAACGUAGAAAGUUUGGUCCACUUGGUUGGAACAUUUUCUAUGAAUUCACUGCAGGUGACUUGGAUGUUUGUAUUAAGCAAUUGAGAAUUUUCCUUGAAAAGUAUGAAGAAAUUCCUUACAAGGUUAUCAAAUUCUUAACAGGCCAAAUUAACUAUGGUGGUCGUGUAACUGAUGACUGGGAUAGAAGAAACCUCAUGACAAUGAUUGAAGAUUAUAUCACUCCUAAUACUCUUAGGGAUGAUUAUAAAUUCUCUCCAAACUUGGAUGAAUACGUAUCUAUCAAGGCAGGUGAUUCCAAUGAAUAUAAGGAAUAUUUGGAAUCUUUACCUAAUGUUGCUCACCCAGAAAUAUUCGGUUUGCAUGAAAAUGCUGAAAUUACAUAUAAUACCGCUGAAUUGUCCAAUAUUACUGAUACAAUUGUUGCAUUGGAAGGAAGUGGAGGUAAAGCAUCUGAUGAUAAGGAUAUUGUUGUUGGAAAUAUUGCCAAUGAUAUCCUUGGUAAGCUUCCUCAAGCAUAUGACCAAGAAUUGGUUGGUAAGAAAUAUCAAACUGAUUAUAAUGAAAGCAUGAAUACUGUCAUUACACAAGAAGUAACAAGAUAUAACAAACUCUUGAAAGAAGUUAGAUCCUCAUUAGAAAAUAUUCUCAAAGCAUUGAAGGGUCAAGUAGUUAUGUCUGCACAACUUGAAAGCAUUGCCAACUCUUUGUAUAAUAACUAUGUUCCUGAUGUUUGGGGCAAAGCUUAUCCUUCUAUCAUGCCUUUGUCUGAAUGGGUUCUUGAUUUCCUUAGACGUCUUGAAUUUAUUAGAGAUUGGAUUGAUAACGGAAUUCCAAAUGUAUUUUGGAUCAAUGGAUUCUUCUUCCCUCAAGGUUUCUUGACUGGUCAAUUACAAAAUUAUGCCAGAAAACAUCAAGUUGCUAUUGAUCAAGUUUCCUUCACUUUCAAGAUUUUGAAUAAGGCAGAAGAAGAACAAGCCAAGACAAAGAAACCAGAAGAUGGUUGCUACCUCAAAGGUCUCUAUAUGGAAGGUGCCAGAUGGGACAGAGAAAAUGAAUGUGUUACUGAAUCUAAUCCAAAGGAAUUAUACUCUGAAAUGCCAAUUAUUUGGUUCAAACCAGUGGCAAACAAGCAACCUGCAAAGGGAUGUUAUGAAUGUCCUGUUUACAAGACUUUGAGAAGAGCAGGUACUUUGAGUACAACUGGUCACUCUACCAACUAUAUUCUUGCAAUGGAUUUACCAUCAAAGAUGCCUCCAGAACAUUGGAUUAAGAGAGGUGUUGCCUUGAUUUGUGCCCUCAAAUACGUUACAUCAGAAUUGUAAAUAAAUUGUAUUAUUUAAUUAUU